AGCACCACCGGGUGAGAGCGAAGGAGACACCGACAGAGACACACAGAGACUCACCAAACCUUCACCAGACCACUGAUCCACACCUGCAGCCGGGCUAUCACUUUCAAGGCUCUUUCUCUUGGACUCCUCUUUCCUCUCUCUCUCCAUCUGUCGCUCCUGAUCAUGUGGAAGGCUGCAGUGUUGACGUUUGGCCUGUUGGUGGCACUGGUGGGUAUGGUGCAGGCUUUAGAGGGCCACUCUAACUCUAUCUACGGGGUGAAGCUGUGUGGGAGAGAGUUUAUACGGGCCGUCAUCUUCACCUGCGGAGGAUCGCGUUGGAGGAGAGGAGUGGGCGAUGCAGGUGACAUCCCCAUUGACGAGGAGACUGAGGCCUACAGCCCAUGGAGCUCCAACGCCAUCCCCAGCCUCGCCAGCAAGCAGCGUCCAGGAUUGGAGGCCCAGGGCUGGGCAGGCGAGGUCAGGGAGGGAGGCUCUGCCGCUGCUGUGUUCAGUCGUUUGGCUCGCUCGCCCAUGUCAGAGGAAGUGCUAGAGGCGCUGCGCAGCGCGGACAGGAAGGGGCGGGAUGUCGUGGUGGGCCUCUCCAACGCCUGCUGCAAGUGGGGCUGCAGCAAGAGCGAGAUCAGCUCCCUCUGUUGAGCACUACCAACACCUCUCAUUUUCAUCCCUCCAUCCCCUCGUCCCUCUGCUCAGCUCUUCUACCUCUCCUCCUACAUCAUCCCAUCUCUCAUCCC